AAGUAAAGCAUGAACAAUAUACAUGUUAAGAGACUCAAAUGUAUAUUGAAUUAGCUUUAAAAUGAUGACAUUCCACUUUAGAUCUUGUACUUUGAUGUCUGAGAAUCCUUUGGCUUGGAGUGCAUACUGAAAUCAAUAUACUGAUUCCAUAAAGCGAUUUAAAGGAUGCCUUUACUCCAUACUUUGAGGGUGUAUUCACUCUUUGGUUUUAAUAGAGUCAGAACAUAAUUAAGAUACUUGCUCCAGACGAGGAAUGCUAGAGGAUGUAAGUGGGGUAGAAGAAGUAUAGCAUGUUAUACUACGGGUGUCUAUUUUGUUUUGGUUGUCUAUAAUUCUGUGCAUGAUAGAUCAAUAGCACAUGAAUAGCUUUAAUAUUGAGGGAAGUUGCUGAUGUAGAUACUUCCUUGACUUUGCCUCAUGAUCAGUGACAGACAGACAGAUUUUACAUGCUUAUCAGUCAACUGCAGUAUUAUGUGAUUUAUACUCUCUAGUUUCUGUUAACUACAAGUGCUAUUUGAUGAUCAUGUGCAUAUAUGAUUCCAUAUCACAGGUAUAUAGGACAGCUUCAAGAUCACAAGUUUGCAGCAUUAAUUUGCCAUUUUCUUCAAAGCACUUGGCCAAAUGUUUUUUUUAUCUUUUCUUUUUCUAUUUAUUAAUAAAAAUACAUUUUUUCGUUGGGUGAGCAGGUUGCAUUGGUGAUGGAACCUAAGGAUAAGGAAGCAAGCUCUAUGUACAAGCAAGCUCUGGAGCUACUUACGCAGGCUUUGGAGGUCUGGCCGAAUGCCAAUGUUAAGUUAAACUAUCUAGAAAAAUUGCUUGGUAAUAUUCAGCCUUCUCAGUCAAAAGAUCCUGCAACAGCUCUGGCACAGGGUCUUGAUGUCAUGAACAAGGUCUUAGAGAAACAACCUCGACUGUUCAUCAGGAACAACAUUAAUCACAUUUCACAAAUACUAGAGCCUUGUUUCAACAGUAAGAUGUUAGAUGUUGGAAAAUCUCAUUGCAAGUCUAAUAAUGAAAAACUAAAUGCAAGUCUGACCUCAUCUCAAUGA